AUGAGCUUCCCUCUUGCUUCUGCUUCCUCUGCUGCCCCUGAGGUUCCAAUUCAUCUGAUGCAGCCUCAGAUUCAGAUCCACCAUUGUCUAAUUCAACCUCAGUUUUGGAUUCUUCCUCUUGAAUCUGUUUCCCUUUACCUUUGCCUGAGACCCGCUCCAUCUUUACAGCUUUCAAUUUUUCUGUCGAUUCUCCACCGGAAACCAUGGAGGCUGUUUCGUCACCAACCGCGGUCGCUACUUACCGACAUUGACAGAAGCAUCACCGUCGCCGGCUUCAACACCUUGCUAGAGCUUGAGGUCCGUAGCUUUGGGGUUAGCCAUCUCAUCUCCGUCGAUCGAUUCGUCACUCAGACGAGGACGAUUAGCAUCACUGGUCGCAUGUUCCUUCUGUGA